GUCUGCCAUAUGUAUCUCAGGUUUUUAUCUCUGCUGUGAAUACCGUUUACCAGUCAAGUCUGAUAUUUAUCUUCCUUUCUUGGCGAAAAAGAUAGUUGAGAAAGAAGAUUGAACGCGCGCACAUUUAUUAUAAGCAUCUAUAUAUAAACUCAUUAUCUUAAUCCCCAAAUGCUCUCAUAUUUCACCAAUCUUCCAUUCACACACUUACUCCUAGGAUUUUUCUCUGGUUUCCUUUAAUCAAUUUCAGUACUCGAUGCAUUUGCAUAACGCAUGGCUGCCGCCGCCCGUGGCGGAGGAGACGAAAAGGGAGAAGCAUGCCUUCGCCGGAGUAGUUAAUUCCGUCAAGGAGUCUUACAAUCCAGAAGAUCCUGAAUCGGUUUACUCUACUCUGAAAUGGGUCUCUGUUAUUGAUCUGUUUUGUGAAGGCCAAAAGUGAUCUAUCCGUUGAGGAUGUUACGACCCUUGUAGAAGUUGGAUUAGAACUGUUCCAUGUCUCAGAGAAUAAAAUAUAUGCUCAGGUUAGAUGGGGAAACAUCUUGGUGAAACUGUUGAAUAAAUACAGGAAAAAGUUGUCCUUAAAAGUUCAGUGGAGGCCUCUAUACAAUAUUUUGAUUCACACACACUUUACCAGGAAUACUGGCCCUGAAGGAUGGAGACUAAGACAACGCCAUUUUGAGACAGUUACUUCCCUAGUUCGUUCUUGCCGGAGAUUCUUUCCUCAAGGUUCUGCCUCUGAGAUAUGGUCUGAGUUUAGAUCCCUGUUGGAAAAUCCAUGGCAUAACGCAGCUUUUGAAGGGGCUGGAUUUGUACGGCUGUUCCUCCCUACAAAUGUUGAAAAUCAGGAUUUCUUUAAACCUGAGUGGAUAAGAUUAUGUCUAGAUCAUUGGGCUUCUAUACCAAAUUGCCAGUUCUGGAACAGUCAAUGGGCCUCUGUUACAGCUCGUGUCAUAAAGAGCUAUCCCUUUAUUGAGUGGGAUCAUUUCUUGCCCGAUCUGUUCAGUGUCUACUUGAAUAUAUUUGAGGUUCCGGUGGCUAAUGGGAGUGGAUCAUAUCCUUUCCCUACAGAUGUUCCUAGAAACACGCGGUUUUUGUUUGCAAAUAGAAGUAUCACACCAUCAAAAGCAAUUGCUAAAUCAAUAGUGUAUCUAUUGAACCCUGGUAGCUCUGCACAAAGGCACUUUGAGGAAUUGGCCAACCUCUUAGAACAAUAUUACCAUCCUUCAAACGGUGGUCGGUGGACAUACUCAUUGGAACGGUUUCUGUUCCACUUAGUGGCUAGCUUCCAGAAACGCUUGCAACAUGAGCAAUUGAACAAUACUGUCAGCAAGCAAUCUGAACUAUUACUGGCAGAGUCUGACAGGGUUUCUUUUGUGAAAACUGUCCUGAAGUUUAUCGACCGUGGCCAGUAUAGUAAAAAUGACCAGCUCUCUGAAACUGUUGCGUCCACAACUUCUAUCUUGUCAUAUGUGGAACCAUCCUUGGUUUUGCCAUUUAUGGCGUCUAGAUUCCACAUGGCUUUGGAGACUAUGACAGCCACCCACCAGUUGAAGAGUGCCGUGACAUCUGUGGCAUUUGCUGGAAGAUCACUGGUUUUUAGCUCUUUGUCGGACUUGCCUAUGGAGUCAACUAUGACCAGUGGAUAUGAUUCAUAUGCUGAUCUUCUAGUAAUCUCUUUGUCUAAUGCUUUACUUGGUAUGGAUGCCAAUGACCCACCCAAAACCCUGGCAACCAUGCAACUGAUUGGAUCUCUAUUCUCUAGUAUGUCUUCUGUGGAUGAUAAUAUAAAUGUGGGGUCGUUAUUCUCAUCAUUUCACUUCUCGGAAUGGCUGGACGAGUUCUUGUGCCGUCUAUUUGCUUUACUUCAACACUUGGAACCUAGUAGUGUACUGAAUGAAGGCUCUCAUACACCAGCCACUUCCGGGACUUUCCUUGUGGAGGAGGGUCCACACUACUUCUGUAUGCUGGAAAUAUUGCUCGGCAGACUCUCAGAUACACUCUACAAACAGGCACUUAAAAAAAUUUCAAAGUUUGUCUUGUCAAAUAUUCUUCCUGGAGCAAUUGCAGAAGUUGGACUACUUUGUUGUGCUUGUGUUCACUCAAAUCCACAAGAGGCAGUUGUUCAACUUGUCAGACCAAUUUUGGAGUCAGUAAUUUCUGCUUUGAAAGCUGCACCGAGCUCUGGUUUUGGAACUAGAUCAACUUAUGCCUCUUCCUCAAUCAAGGAAAAAUCAACCCUGUCUCCAGCGCUAGAGACAGCAAUUGAGUAUAAGUUGAAAGUACUUUCUGUUGCGAUCUGUUAUGGAGGUCCAUCACUUAUCCAGUUCAGGGACCAAUUCAAAGAAGUUAUUGUUUCUGCCUUUGAUUCGACAUCUUGGAAGGUUAAUGGGGCUGGUGAUCACGUUCUCCGUUCACUUUUAGGAAGCCUUGUUCACUAUUAUCCGGUCGACCAGUACAAGUGUGUUACCCAUCAUCCUUUUGCUGCUUCACUAGAGCAAUGGAUUGAUACGAAGGAUUGUUCGCUCGAUAAGCCAGUGAUGGGACCAAAGUGGCAUGUCCCUACAGAGGAAGAAAUUAAUUUAGCAAAUGAGCUACUUAAGCUGCACUUUGAAUCUGCGCUUGAUGACCUGCUAACAAUCUGCAGAUCCAAGAUUCAUUCGGAUCCAGGAGACGAGAAAGAUCACUUAAAAGUGACUCUUCUACGUGUUGAUUCUUCAUUACAAGGUGUCUUGUCUUGUUUACCUGAUUUCAGGCCUUCCUCUGACAAUGGAAUGGUUAAGGAGGCAGGCCGUUCUUUUUUUGUGAUUGCUGGGGCUACUGGGUCAUGUGUUGGUAGCUCAGAAUUACGUGAAAAAGCUGCUGAUGUUAUCCACGAAACUUGCAAAUACUUAUUGAAGGAGAAGUCUGAUGAUAGCAUUUUGUUGCUACUUCUCAUCCGGGUGAUGGAUACAUUGGGAAAUUAUGGAAGUUCAGAAUAUGAGGAGUGGUCUAACCACAGGCAGGCCUGGAAGCUGGAAUCUACUGCCAUUGUAGAGCCUCCAAUAAAUUUUAUUGUGUCAUCUCACUCGAAAGGAAAAAGAAGGCCUCGGUGGGCACUAAUUGACAAAUCUUAUAUGCAUAACACUUGGAGGUCAUCACAGUCGUCAUACCAUUUGUCCCGCGCAAGUGGGAACAUAUUUCCAUCAGAUCGUGUGAUUUGUUUAAUGGACGAUCUUCUCGAUCUGUGUUUACAUAGUUAUGAAACAGUUCGGAGGCUUGCUGCAAAAUCUAUCCUGAAGAUGAUGAAGAGAUGGCCAUCUACAAUUUCGAAGUGUGUGGUAACUCUUUCUGAAAAUCUUAGAAAUCCAAGCUUGCCAGAAUAUGCGGUGUUAGGUUCUUGUGCAGUACUUUCAUCCCAAACAGUUCUCAAGCGUUUAACAACGGAAAGGAAGGCUCUUUCAUCGUUCCUUAUAGGAGUUCUAUUCAGCUCCCAUCAUGAAUCAAUAAAAGCUCAGAAAGCAAUAACUGAGCUUUUUGUCAAGUAUAAUAUCCAUUUUGCUGGACUGUCAAGAAGCAUCUUUGGAGCCCCAGGCAAUCAUACCGAUGGGCCUAGUUUUCCAGAUUUGGUUGCUGAAAUUGGUUCAAUGAGUUUUGAAAGUAGCAACUUGCACUGGAGGUACAAUUUAAUGGCUAAUAGAGUUUUGCUGUUGCUGGCUAUGGCAUCUAGUAAUGAUCCGAAUGUGUCCCCAAAAGUUGUGAGUGAAAUCGCUGGACACUUCUUGAAGAAUUUAAAAAGCCAACUUCCACAAACCAGAAUACUAGCAAUCUCAGCUCUAAACACGCUUCUGAAAGAGUCACCAUACAAAUAUACAGCAGAGAACUGUGCCAAUGCCCAUGGAUAUCUGGAAGGAGACACAAAAUCGUCUCUUGAAGGAGCCUUAAGUGAUAUUUUCCAGGAAGAAGGCUUCUUUAGUGAGACUUUGAAUAGCCUUUCUCAUGUCCAUAUUAUCACUGACAUGGAGACUGCUCCUUCCAGAGGACAUUAUGGAAGUUCUACCAUGCAGAGUUUUGCUGACAAAUCAAUAACGCGUUUCUACUUCGAUUUUUCUGCUUCAUGGCCUCGCACUCCUAGUUGGAUAUCAUUAUUUGGAAAUGAUACUUUUUAUUCAAACUUUGCACGGAUCUUUAAGAGAUUAAUCCAAGAAUGUGGCAUGCCUGUUUUGCUGGCUCUGAGGACUGCACUGGAGGAGUUUGUUGAUGCUAAGGAGAGAUCAAAGCAAUGUGUUGCUGCUGAAGCUUUUGCUGGGAUACUGCAUUCUGAUGUCUUCGGUGUUUCAGAAGCAUGGGACAGCUGGAUGGUGGGUCAGCUGCAGAAUAUCAUUCAUGCACCAACUGUGGAGUCUAUUCCGGAGUGGGUCGCAAGUAUUCGUUAUGCAGUCACUGGGAAGGGAAAGUCAGGAACUAGAGCUCCACUUCUGAGACAUAAAGUAAUUGAUUGCCUGAUGAAACCUUUAUCUCAAACAGUCACUUCUGCUGUAGUUUCCAAACGCUAUACCUUGCUUUCGGCCGUUCUCAUAGAGAUAUCUCCUCCAAGAAUGCCUGAGAUUGAAAUAGUGUUUCACUAUAAUCUUCUGGUGGAGUUGCUGAAUAACAUGAGUCACUCGUCCGCACAGCACUUUGUUAUGGGGAUGGGAAGUGUACAAACAAAAUAUGUUUUGGCUUUCUGGGGAUGGGGUGUUAGAGUGUUUGCCUUACCCGAUGAUAAAGUAGUGAUGUUUUCUGUAGUUCCUCAGAGAAGUCCUGUUCCAGUUCUUUCAAUAGGAACUUAUCUGGUUAUAUCUUCUCCAUUUCCUCACAAGUGUUUCUUCAACUAUCAUCUUACUAAUUCUUUUGUACAAAAGGUGAGAGAAGCCAUUGGUGUUACACUUUCGGUAUUAUGCUCGAACCUGCGGCUUUGUGCGUCCUUUGGCAAUGAGCACUUGAAUGUGGAGGUACCCAGUGGCUCAGAUGUAAAAGCUGCAGGAUGGGAUCAAUAUCUGGUACAACGGGCCACUGAACUGGUUACGAAGAUACAAAACGUCAGUGCAUCAGAAACUUUAGACAUGUCAACUGAUAAUAUAACUCAGAACGGGGUGUCAACUGGCAAUACUAAAGAUGAUAUCAGAUGGAUGGAGACGUUGUUUCACUUUAUCAUAUCAACUUUGAAGUCUGGAAGGUCACCGGUUAUGCAAGAUGUUAUUGUAGAACUAUUUUACCCUGUGAUAUCAUUACAGGAAACAUCAAAUAAAGAUCUGUCGAAUCUGGCUAAGGCUGCAUUUGAAUUGCUAAAAUGGAGGGUGUCUGGGGAACCUCAUCUACAGAAAGCUGUGCCUAUUAUUCUUUCUUUGGCCAGUGAUGCCAAUUGGAGAACUCGAUCCGCAACUUUAACAUUUUUGCGAAGUUUUAUGUAUGCUAAUUUUGGAGGUGCCUAUUUCUUAGGUGCGGUAAGGGAGCAUGCUGCUGCAGUUUUAGCCGGACUGAUGAAGAGUGGGGAUCAAGGUUUAGUUGAAGGUUUUCGCCAAAGGGCUUAUGAACAAGCGAGUGCUAUAAUUAAGAAAAGGAAGAACAGAAAAGUGGUUUCUACUUUGCCCUUGGCAUCUGUGCAUGGCUCAAUACUUGCUUUGGCAGCUUGUGUGCUGUCGGUUCCUUAUGAUAUGCCCAGUUGGUUGCCGGAGCACGUAACGUUGCUUGCCCGCUUCGUGUCAGAGCCUUCACCACUGAAAUCAACAGUUACAAAAGCUAUAGCCGAAUUUCGCCGCACGCAUGCAGACACAUGGAAUGUGCAUAAAGACUCGUUCACUGAAGAGCAACUCGAGGUUCUGGCUGAUACUUCAUCGUCAUCUUCGUACUUUGCUUGAUACAAAGCCAGUUGCAAAAGAAAGGUAUAACAUAGACAUCAUGGAUGUAUCAUUUGAUAUAUUUGUAUUACAUUCUGUAAUAUGAAAUAUUGUUACGUGCUCUACAUGGUUUUAUAUGCCUCAUUUCUUUGAGGUUCGAGAGAAAUAAAUAUAUUACUGUAAGUUGGAAAGUGUUGUAUUUCUAAUGACUGGUUCUUUCCUUUCCUAAAACCCAUGCCAACAUCCCCCUAAUUUCGUC